AGCUGUGACUGGGUUUAUGCUCAAGUCAGCCAUGACGAUUACCCCGGGUCGGCCUUUGGUCCCACUUGCUUAUUGAUUCAAGUCCAAGACGUCCACAACCUUCAGUAUAACGUGUUGUUAGGUGAGAAAUGUCCACAGCCUUGAGCGACGAUCACAGCUGGCAGGACUACACUUCACCUUCCGUUUAACCGGCAAUUUAUAUUUAUCUAAACGAAUAUACUUCUAGGCCAAUAUAGUGGACAAGUCAGCCAUCAAUUGUGUGUUAUAUAGUAAGAUCUGAACAUGACAUAGUGAUCGUUCAAUGUCGGAUUAUAGCGGGCAAGCGCGCAGUGAUAUGAGGCAGGCUGCGAGCAGAGGCAGAGGCACGUGCACAUGCUCGCGCUGUUGGCAGGAGUGACAAACACGACAACAACAACGACGACCUGUCAACUCUCAGUUUCAUGCCGACAGGUGUGAGACUUUAAAGCGUAACCCAUGGGAGUUUUAGUAUUUGCUGUGAACAUGUGUUUUCUGUGUUCGCUUAGAGAUACGCUGAAAUAAGAAGACGCGAGGUUUGGAAGCGUUUGAGACGCUGACAUUUCUACGGGUGAUCAGAGCCCAGGUAGAGGAAUUGUGUACAGGGUGGGGGACUGAGGACAUGCCACUGGGUAGGCUUACUCUGGAUACACACCAACGGUACAACCGUCCCCAUCGGUCCUGUUGUUCGGCCUGUUUGUGAUGAAUACCAAUUAAUACAUCUGCAAUAUUCACGAUGUAAAGGAUAGGGCCAUAUACUAAUGUCAUGGUGACGAUGAAUGUAGAAUCUAAUGUUAAAAUGUUGUUUGUGACCUGACUUCGGACAGUUGCCGUGAGUCGUGAUGAAUGGAAAGAUGAAGCCAGGAGGUGGCGAGCAGAAUCUGCUGGUGGCACUUAGGAUAAGACCAUUGUCAGAAGAUGAGCUGGUGCAGGGUGCUACAGAAAUUGCUCACAAAGUGGAGGACAAGAUGGUUGUCCUGCUUGACCCCUUGGAGGACCAUGAUGACAUUCUGAGAGCAAAUCGCUCACGAGAGAGGCAGUUUGUGUUUGACUGUGCCUUUGAUGGCUCGGCAACACAGGAGGAGGUCUACAGAACUACCACAAAGUUUCUCAUCAACAAUGUUAUCAGUGGCUACAACGCAACAGUCUUUGCUUAUGGUGCUACAGGUGCUGGGAAGACAUACACAAUGCUGGGGCCAGACAAUGGUGAGCCUGGUAUCAUGUCACGCACCCUGAAUGACCUGUUUGAAGAGAUGGAGAAGUCCAUUGAGGAUAUGUCCUACAAUGUCUCCAUGUCAUAUCUGGAGAUUUAUAAUGAGAUGAUCCGUGACUUACUCUCACCAGCGUCAGGGAUCUUGGACCUAAGGGAUGAUGCCAAGGGUGGAGUGCAGGUAGCCGGGCUGUCUGAGGUUUCUGCCAAGUCAACAGUAGAGGUAAUGGACAUGUUGAUGAAGGGCAAUAAGGAACGGACUCAGGAGCCUACAGCGGCCAACAAGACGUCAUCAAGGUCACAUGCUGUGCUGCAGGUGACAGUGAAACAGCGAAAUCGCAUCCGCAACACAAUGCAGGAGGUGCGAGUGGGGAAGUUGUUCUUGGUUGACCUGGCCGGGUCAGAGCGUGCGGCAAACACCCACAACAGAGGCAAGAGAAUGGUGGAGGGUGCCCACAUCAACCGUUCUCUGCUGGCCCUGGGCAACUGCAUCAAUGCUCUCAGUGAAAAGAACGGGGCUAAGUAUGUGAACUACCGUGAUAGCAAACUGACGAGGAUACUGAAGGAUGCUCUGGGAGGAAACUGUAAGACGGUGAUGAUUGCCCAUAUCAGCCCUGCUAGCCUGCACUUUGAGGAGUCCCGAAACACACUUGUGUACGCUGACAGAGCCAAGCAGAUCAGGACUAAGGUCAGACGUAAUGUGACGGAUGUUUCAUACCAUAUCGCUCAGUACACCAACAUUAUCAGCGAGUUGCGGGAUGAGAUCGGUAGACUGCGUUCCAAGCUCCACCAGUCCAACCUUGUCAACAAACAGCGGGCAGUGGCAAAGAUACAUGCUGUUCAGUCGGAGGUCUUGCAGGCAAGGAAAAGCGACAACCGAGCAGAACUUGAUAAAUUACGUGAGAAGCUGUUGACGGCAUUUAAGGACCAAAUGGUUGUCAGACGUAAUGUGAUGGAGUUGACAAAUGCAUCGAUGGAGAUCAGCUUGGAGAUCAGCAGAAACCAGCUUAUCAUCAGCGAAUGGGAAGCAGAAAAAAUCAAGGCACUCAGGAGACGGGAGAUCAGUGACAAUUUUGACAAUACAGAAAGAGAUCUGGACAAGGAUCAAGAGUUGACAGGACUUGACAGCUCAGGUACGCCGGAGCCGGCUGAGGUGAAGAUAGCCCGAGAGGAGAUGAAAGUCUUACAUGAGGAAAAACACCGCUCUGAGACACUGAGAAUAGCCUGCAUGAAGGAAUUGGAGGUGGCUAAACAGAGAUCACAGGCUCUGGAAAAGAUGUUACCUGACCAGGCUGACACGGGGGAGCAUGUUGAGGCUUUACACCUGCUGUACAAAGUUCAUCAGCUGGAGAUAGAUAACCUGGAGUUGCAGUCAGCCUGCUUCAUCCGCGAGUUCCAGGUCAGAAAAAAGGACAUGGUGAUUGCCCGUUACAGGAUACACAGAAAUCUCUGUGAUGAGAUCAUUCGCCAACAGAGGGAACUGCUGGAAGAUAAUGUGAUAGCAUGCCCCAAGGAGCUGGAGGAUCUGUAUGAACUGUACAAGUCAGAACACAGCUUCUCUAUCCAGGAUGAUACAGAGGUCACCUUCAACCUGUACAAGAACAUCUCAUUGACGGGCGCUAACAAGGCUCAGGCUGGAGGUUACUUGGAGGAGGAUGGGACUCGAGAUAACCUGAAGAACUUGACCAGGACGAGUGUCUUACACAGGUCCACAGAGGCCUUUACAGAAGAUGACACUGAGCGCCUCUUCUCUCAAAGCCGGCGGGCUCGUCAGAUCAUGGCUCAGGAAGGUUUACCUUUAGGGGUGGGGCGUGCCGUGUUGUUACCUGACAUCAGCCCUACCAGUAGCUCCUCCACCCCCACAGUCAGCGACCAUCCCCACCCCACACCACCGCUGGAGGACAGGCGCAUGAUUGUCACUAACACACGAAACAUUAAUGCGCUGGCUGCCAAAAAACGCAGCAAAGUGCAGCAUGACUUGUUGAAUAUGGAACGUCAGCAAGGCAGGGAGCGGUCGUUUUAUCCUAACUUCCCUGAUGGGGACACACUGGAGGACAACUACCUGUCCACAACCACACUGGCCAAUCAUAACCGCCGACUUGGGGAGCUGCCAUACCUGAUGAAUGUGCGCCAGCCUUCCAUGGAGUCCACGGCCACCUUCUCCAUGCAGACAGAGGCCAGCCUUCCCCCACUACGGGGCCGCCAGCCUGAACACUACAGGGCGAGCAGAAGGCGUGACAAGGACACCAAGAGAAUAAGGAGAACCAAGUAUAAUGACAAGAUGCUUUUCUCCCCUCAGGUAAACAAGCCUUUCUCCAAGAAAAAUGGCUACAGGAACAGCGAUGUGUUCAGAACCAAGUACGGUGGCACCACUGCCUCAGAGUCCUCCGCUGACAGCACACCACAGCUGCAGAAGAAGCGAACUGCAGGAUCCAGCUCACGUAAUCGCCAAGGGGACAUAACUGUCACAGGGAUGGGACUGAAGCAGAAAUAAAGGCAGAGUACUCCUAGUGUACCAUUUCUAGUAUUAUGACUUGCAUUCUUGAGCACCUGGGCCCAAUUCGAAAUGUAUUACCUAACACUAGUAAAUCAUGUUUUAAAUGAAAAUUUUAGCCAAACUCAGCAGCUAAUGCAGUUAUCCAAAAUCAGAGUAUAAGAACAGCAGAUUUACUUCAUAUUUAAUGUACUGUUCAAUUGUGCAGUUAUUUUGGGCCAAGUACAAAAUUGAAUGCUUGGCUUAAAGUUAAAUCUGGUAUUAAGUCUUAAAACAGUUUUGAACAGCCGGGGCCUGGUUUUAGUGUCAUACAGUCUUACCCAAGUGCAUACAGUUCUGGCAGUGUUGUAAAUCACAAUUUGUGCCAGUAUUGCUUGU